AUGCUGAGGAGUUGUGAGGUGCAACUUGCCAAUGUCGGCGCGCACUGCAGGAAUGCAAGAUUCAGAAGGCUGAGAAGCGUGGAACAGCAGCGGUUCUUCAGUGCCUCAGGCAAAGGUCAGAAGCGUCCGCGGCAGGAAGACACGAAAGGUGUUACCGCAACGAAGUCCGCUGACUUUGCAACAUGGUACACACAGGUCAUUACGCGGUCGGAGAUGGUUGAGUACUAUGAUGUGAGUGGGUGCUACAUCUUGCGACCAUGGUCCUUCUCUAUAUGGCAGCAAGUAUCAAGAUGGCUUGACGAUAAGAUCCAGGCGCUUGGCGUUCAGAAUGCCUACUUCCCAUGCUUCGUCAGCCAGGAGGCACUGCGAACCGAGGAGGAGCAUCUUGAAGACUUUGCUCCAGAGGUCGCAUGGGUCACGAAAUCAGGGACUUCGGAUCUGACAAAGCCGAUUGCCAUACGACCGACAAGCGAGACUAUAAUGUACCCAGCCUUUGCAAAGUGGAUUCGGUCCUACCGCGACCUUCCGCUGCAGCUGAAUCAAUGGACCAACGUGGUGAGAUGGGAGUUUAAGCAGCCGACUCCAUUUCUGCGAACGCGGGAGUUCUUGUGGCAGGAGGGGCACACUGCCCAUGCCACUGAAGAAGAAGCCUCAGAUGUUGUCAGAACAGCGCUGGAGCUUUACGCCCAAGCGUACACAGAUUUGUUGGCGCUGCCGGUCAUCAAGGGUGUGAAGUCUUCGGAGGAGAGGUUUGCGGGCAGUGUGUACACAGAGACGCUCGAAGGCUUCAUCCCUGCGACUGGACGUGGAAUUCAGGCCGCAACAUCUCAUUAUUUGGGUCAGAACUUUGCGAGAAUGUUCGGAAUCCGGUUUGAAGAUGUUUCUGGCCACAAGCACUUUGUGCAUCAGACUUGCUGGGGCUUCACAACACGCUGCAUCGGCAUCAUGAUAAUGGUGCACGGCGAUGACAAGGGCUUGGUUCUGCCUCCUUUCGUUGCUCCGACGCAGGUCAUCCUGAUUCCGAUUCCCGCGAGAAAGGAUGGAGCAGGUGUUGAAGCUCGAUGUGCCGAGCUGGCGACUGCUUUGAAAGAUCGAGGCAUCCGCUGCGAGGUGGACGCACGCCAGACCUAUUCGCCUGGCUGGAAGUUUAAUUGGUGGGAGAUGAAGGGAGUGCCCAUUAGGCUGGAGGUCGGGCCCAAAGACAUGGCCCAAGGAACUUGUCGCCUCGUUCGCCGCUUCGAUGGUUCCAAGCAGGAUGUGGACCAAUCGCAGCUGGCAACUUUGAUUCCUGCAGAAUUGGAUUACAUCCAUGCGGCCAUGCUUGAGAAGGCAACUACGCAAAGGGACGAAGGCAUUGCCACAGUGACGCGGUGGGACGAGGUGAUGCCAACGCUGCAGCAGAAGAAGCUGAUCCUGGCUCCUUGGUGUGAGUCCGCGGCGUCAGAAGCAGAGAUAAAAAGUCGCACCAAAGAGGUCGCUCCUGAAGCUGCUGCCGCUGGUGAGAAUGCUUCGAUACUGACCGGUGCCAUGAAGAGCCUCUGUAUUCCGUUGACGCAAGGUCCGAUGCCUCCAGGAACGAAGUGCUUCGUGACUGGCGAGCCCGCCAAAAGGUGGGCUCUGUUUGGCCGCAGUUACUGA